GGGCCGCCAGGACCGAGUGAGCGACAGACGCACCACCCGCCAACGCCGCAGCCGCUUGGGGCCCACACGGACCCUCUACCUGAGUGUAGAAUGAGCCAAGGAGACUCAAACCCAGCAGCUAUUCCACAUGCCACAGAAGAUAUUCAAGGAGAUGACAGAUGGGUGUCUCAGCACAACAGAUUUGUCCUGGAUUGUAAAGACAAAGAGCCUGAUGUCCUGUUUGUGGGCGACUCCACGGUGCAGUUAAUACAGCAGUAUGCGAUAUGGCGAGAACUUUUUUCCCCACUUCAUGCACUGAAUUUUGGAAUUGGGGGAGAUACAAGACAUGUUUUGUGGAGACUAAAGAAUGGAGAGCUGGAGAAUAUUAAACCUAAGGUCAUUGUUGUCUGGGUAGGAACAAGCAACCAUGAAAAUACAGCAGAAGAAGUAGCAGGUGGGAUCGAGGCCAUUGUUCAGCUUAUUAAUACAAGGCAGCCACAGGCCAAAAUCAUUGUAUUGGGUUUGUUACCUCGAGGUGAGAAGCCCAACCCUUUGAGGCAAAAGAAUGCCAAGGUGAACCAACUUCUCAAGGUUUCCCUGCCGAAGCUUGCCAAUGUGCAGCUACUGGGUAGAGAUGGGGGCUUCGUGCACUCGGACGGUGCCAUCUCCUGCCACGACAUGUUUGAUUUUCUGCAUCUCACGGGAGCCGGCUAUGCAAAGACCUGCAAACCCCCCAUGAACUGAUCAUGUAGUUGUUGGAGGAAACACCCGAGGAGAAGCAGACCACCAUUGCCUGACUGGCUCCCAUCGGUGUGAAUAGCUCCCCAGCUUCUCGAGAUCAGUUAUGUCACUGGCACUACAGAAUCCUCCUCUUUCUUAAGGCACUUUGCAUUGUAGAAUG